AUGGCCGCCAUCAACGAAAAGACCACGCUCCAGCAGGACCCCUUGUUCGCCGCCUCGGGUGCGCCCGGCGCCGUCCCCGCCCCCGCUGCUGCUCCGUCAGGCGGCUCGGACUACUACAACGCCUUCACCAGCGUCUUCGACCCCGUCUCCGCCCCCCUUGCCGACACCAUGAACCGCUUCCACACCUGGAAGGAGAACAUGGGCCUCAUCCAGCCCGGCACCGUUGAGAACCUCACCCGCCCGGUGUCCACCACCCUCAUGAACAACUUCUUCUUCGAGGGAAUGCGCGCCGAUCUGUCCAAGAUCGUCUCGCCGAACCCCGCUUUCCAGAUCUCGCAUGCGUUCGCCGUUGGACCCCAGAAGAACAACUACACGUUCGGCGCCCUCUUCGCCAACGACAAGACGUUCCUCCACGGACAGUUUGAGCCCUCGACUGGCGGCGUCAACAUGCGCGCGAACCAGACCUGGUCGGCCACUGACAUCACCAAGAUCCAGGGCCAGCUCUCGUCCGCCCCCGGCCAGACCAUGUUCCAGAUCGAGCACGACCACCUCGGCCCCCACUACUCGCUCAACCUCAAGUCGAUCAACCCCUCCCCGCUCGACUUCACCGGUCUCCACUUUGUCUCCCUCCUCCACUCGUUCACCUCCCGCCUGUCGCUCGGCUUUGAGACGAUCAUCCAGCGCACGUCGCCGGCCGAGACGAUCCCCGCCACCUCGUGGCUGCUCAAGUACACUUCGCAGCCGACCGCCGCCCAGUCUGUUGAGAACCCGAUGACGAUGCCGACCGCUCACGGAGCGACGAGCGGCAUCCCCUUCGUUCCCUCGUGGACGGCGACUGCCCAGCUCCAACCGACCGGCAACGUUCAGGCUACCUACUACCACCGCCUCAGCGACAAGGUCGACGUCGCCCUCGACUUCCAGACCAUGUUCCAGCCCGCCUCCUUCAUGGGCCCCGCCAAGCGCGACGCCCUCUGCACCCUCGGCGCCAAGUACGAGUUCCGCAUGGCCACGCUCCGCACCCAGAUCGACUCGGCGGGCAAGGUCGGCAUGCUCCUCGAGCAGCGCAUUGCCCCCACCUUCUCCUUCCUCAUCGGCGGAGAACUCGACCACGCCAAGAACACGUCCAGGUUCGGCUUCGGCAUCAUGAUCGAGUCCACCACCAUGACCCCCGAGGAGAUGAUGGCCGCGGGCAUGAUCCCCCCUCAGUAA